GUGGAGGGUGCAAGCGUUAGGGUCCCGGGCUCCUGAGUCCCCCCCACCGCGGCCGAGCUCUGGUCUCCUGCAGGGUCGGGAGCCGGUCCUCGCCCACCCCGCCUUUUGUUGCGCCACCCUGCGCGCCUUAGCCCGGGAGGACUCCACCUAGUCCUAGGCCGGGAUCGAGUCCCCUGAUCGCCUCCCCAGUUACCCCAUAUGGCUGACCCGUCUCGCCUUAGGCCUGGGCAUCGCCCCCUGCCCCUGACUCACCUGCCCGUGCAGCCCAACGCUCGUAUUUCUGGGCCCCACCCCAGGCUGGCCGGAGAACCCACAGGGGAUGGGAGCUGAGGGGCCUACUGCAGGGGCUUCAUCUCUGACCUGAGCAUGUGGACAUCGGGCUUCCAGUUCUGACUCCGCCAGCUACCCACCGUGACCUUAGCCUAGGCGCUUUCCCUCCGCGGGCCCUUUUCCCGGUCUGAUACAGCACUCUGUUCUGUGAAUUUUAGGUAAAGUCUUGAGAAAGAACUUGAGACAGGAGAGGGAGGUAAAGAGAAUCCGAUACCAGCCCUUCGGGGAGAAAAAGCACCCUUCUUCCACCAGAGCCAAGCAGGUUCUCAAGAGUCCUCCUAAGAUAACAGCUCUGAACAGACAGGUGUUCCUGCAGCUACCCAAGGGAUGUGGCUCUGAGGCAGAACCUUCUGCAGCCCUUGCAGGAAGAAAGAAGGCUCUGGGCCAUGGCCCACAUCAGCAUCAACAGCGACUACAGCGAGUGGGGCUCAAGCACAGAUGCUGGGGAGCGGGCCCGUCUGCUGCAGAGUCCCUGUGUGGACACGGCCCCCAAGAGUGAGGGAGAGGCUUCCCCGGGAGGUCUGGACAGAGGCACCACUUCCACGCUUGGCGCCGUCUUCAUCGUUGUCAAUGCCUGCCUGGGCGCAGGGCUGCUCAACUUCCCAGCGGCCUUCAGCACUGCCGGGGGCGUGGCGGCCGGGGUCACGUUGCAGAUGGGGAUGCUGGUGUUCAUCAUCAGCGGCCUGGUCAUCCUGGCCUACUGCUCCCAGGCCAGCAACGAGAGGACCUACCAGGAGGUGGUGUGGGCCGUGUGCGGCAAGCUGACCGGCGUGCUGUGCGAGGUGGCCAUCGCCAUCUACACCUUUGGCACCUGCAUCGCCUUCCUCAUCAUCAUCGGAGAUCAGCAGGACAAGAUUAUAGCUGUGAUGGCCAAGGAGCCCGAGGGGGCCGGCGGUGGCCCCUGGUACACAGACCGCAAGUUCACCAUCAGCCUCACUGCCUUCCUCUUCAUCCUGCCCCUCUCCAUCCCCAGGGAGAUUGGCUUCCAGAAAUAUGCCAGCUUCCUGAGCGUCGUGGGCACCUGGUAUGUCACUGCCAUCAUUAUCAUCAAGUACAUCUGGCCAGAUAAAGAGAUGACCCCAGGAGACAUCCUGACCAGGCCGGCUUCCUGGAUGGCCGUGUUCAAUGCCAUGCCCACCAUCUGCUUUGGAUUUCAGUGCCACGUGAGCAGUGUGCCCGUCUUCAACAGCAUGCGGCAGCCCGAGGUGAAGACCUGGGGUGGGGUUGUGACAGCCGCCAUGGUCAUAGCCCUGGCUGUCUACAUGGGCACAGGCAUCUGUGGCUUCCUGACCUUCGGAGCUGCUGUGGACCCCGACGUGCUCCUGUCCUACCCCUCGGAGGACAUGGCUGUGGCUGUUGCCCGAGCCUUCAUCAUCCUGAGUGUGCUUACCUCCUACCCCAUCCUGCACUUCUGCGGGCGGGCAGUGGUCGAGGGCCUGUGGCUGCGCUACCAGGGGACGCCUGUGGAGGAGGACGUGGGGCGGGAGCGGCGGCGGCGGGUGCUGCAGACGCUGGUGUGGUUCCUGCUCACCCUGCUGCUGGCGCUCUUCAUCCCCGACAUCGGCAAGGUCAUCUCAGUCAUCGGGGGCCUGGCCGCCUGCUUCAUCUUCGUCUUCCCAGGGUUGUGCCUCAUUCAAGCCAAACUCUCUGAGAUGGAGGAGGUCAAACCAGCCAGCUGGUGGGCAUUGGUCAGUUACGGAGUCCUCUUGGUCACCCUGGGAGCCUUCAUCUUUGGCCAGACCACAGCCAACGCCAUCUUUGUGGAUCUCUUGGCAUAACCACUGCCUCCCAAGGCCAAGUCCAUGGCCUUGACCAUUGGACCCAAGAAUCUUAGAGCUAUGGGGUCACCCAAGUCCAGUAUCAUUCCAGCUGAUGGGAUGACAUCAGACAUCCUUCUCCAGGGAUGGUUCUGGGGCAGAAUCAGGCCCCACACCUGUGGACAGUUCAAGUCUUGCUCCCUCCCUGCUCUCCAGCCAUGGCAGUGCUGUGGGUGGCAGCAGGUCUCAUGUCACAAAGGAACUUCUUUCUCCCAACUCUCAACUUCAUGCCUGGAACCCCUAUGGGUAAAGAGGAUCAGUAGGUACUAGAAGAGCCAGUCUGGUUUCCCUCCAGAGAAAGACCAUAUUAAAAGGGCCAGUGUCCUCCACAGAGCAACCUGUCCUCGGUGGGGGUUGUGCUUAACACCCUAGGACUCAGUGCUUGCUCCAGUCCAUCAGCAGCCGUGGCCAGUAUUGGCUUCUUCUAGGAUCUGGCAGUUUCCAAAGGUAGAACUAAAGUCAUACAAACGUGAAGAAAUAGGUAGAUUCAGGCAUAUCCACUCCUUCCUGGACCCCCGGUGAGCCCGAUGGCCUUUUUCCCAUGACUAAUUGACAUUUCCCAAUUAUUUAGGGGCCCCACACUGACUCUCCAAACCUAAGGGUCCAGGUUGAGCACCCGUCUCUCCCUCCAUUCCCAAGUAUCACCAAGUCUAAUGUUUACAAAUGGCGCCUGCCUGGCUCUGAAGCCGGGGGCCACCCACGCCAUGGUGCUGAGUACUCCUCCGUUAGCUUUCCCCAUGGACAGAGGGCAGGGUCUGCGGCUUCUCUUGGAUUGCAGAUGGGCCACUUUUUGCAGAAACUCAAGGGUGGGUGAGGGAGAAGGCUGGGAACCUUCCAGACCCUCCGUGCAGGCUGGGCUGGCCAAGAUCCAGGUGAACUUCGCUCUGACUUCUUUUUCAGGGAUCGCUCCUCUCCUCCCUGCCACUGCUCCGCCCCCUCUCCAGCCAACCCUAGCCUGACAACCCAGAGAGGACAGCUGGGUUGCCAUUGGCAAGCCUGGAAGUUUCCCUUCCCUUGUGGAUCUCGGGUUGCUUCUUCCCCCUGCCCUUUCUCUGUGUAGCUCCAUUCGUGUGCGUGUUUUGUUCUGUUCUGUUGUGGGGCACGGGUGCCAAGCCCUCUCAUCAGCUUCCUCAACUCCACACAUCCUCCAGGCCUGGCGUCGGCAGCCUGUCCAUCACAUCAACGUCACGCCUGCAUGGUCACCCCUGACAGGGAGAGGGCCACAUGAUCCUCCCCUCCAUAUUCCCAUUUUGACCACCUUGGCCGGCCCCUCACCUGCCCUCGCCCCCUUGGAUCAAACUCCCAGGUACAGAAUUGGGCUUCCUCUUCCAGGAACCCCAGUAUUUCCUUGACCUCUCCUGUCUAAAAUCUCUGAAGUGGGAGAGGGGCCCACCCCGCAGCUGCCACUCUGAGCAUCCAAUCUAAGCAGCACAGGGUGGCUGGAGGCCUUCUGCCCAACCCGGAGCUGGACAAGCUGCCUUUCCUCACUUCCCCUGGUGAGGCCCGUUUCCCUGUCCCCCAGGACCAGCCCCUUCUGCUGCUCGCUCUCAGCCUCGUGCACAGUGACAAGCCCCGGCAAGGCUUGGGGGACAGCCUGCUGGCAGGGCUGCGGUGCCUCCCAGUGCUGCAUUUUGGGGUUGGGGGGAGCAAGGCGGGGGCACUGCACAGGCAUGGCCAGCCAGGAGGAAGAGCUGGAUCUGGCCUCUGGGCCUAACCUCAGGAGCCUUCCCUCCCUCCCUGUCAGGGCCUUCCGCUGUUCCUGUUGUACUCUGCACACUCAGAGAGGGAGGGUGGUUAAUAAAGGGAGCUUGU